AUGGGAUCUUCGCAUUCUACAAAUCAAAGUAUCAACUGUGGUCUUGUAGAUGGCGACACAACGUCAGAAUUCUGUAGAUCGGGCAGCGCCGACGAUGAAACAACCUUGCCAAAUUUUGCCUCGUCUGAAGGAACUUCAGAAGGAUCGGAGACAAACGACCCCCCACAAAAACUGCCUUGCGUUGACCAAACCCACUCACGGCACUCCGCUAUUCUCAUCUUUGACCUUGAUGACACCCUCAUCCCCACUGAAUGGAUAAGAUCGUCUUUCGCGGUUCAGAAACAUAAGCAUGCAACUACAGAUGAAGUAUACCAAGCAAUACGGGGAGAAUUGGAGCGUCUCACAUCAAAUAAGUUGACUCCCUUCAUCCUAAACACUUUGAAGAGGGCGAAAAAGUGGAGCGAGACGGUCGUAAUCGUAACAAACGCAAGGAGCGUCAGAUGGCUGUCAGCAAUGAAAUCCCUCUUUCCCGAGGUUGUGCAGCUUCUCCAGGAUGAAAACAUCCCUAUCAUUCGCUCCUGCCCAACUGGAGAAGAGCCAAGCAUCCACGAAGCACCUGCAUACUUUAGUUAUUGGAUGAAUGCCAAGAAAACCAAGUUCUUGGAGGUCAUUCGCAAUCACUUGCAAGUCAACUGUAUCUCGCCAAGGAGAACGGUGGACCUGAUUUCCAUAGGAGACAAUGACUUUGAAGAAUACGCAGCAUUGCGCGCUGCCCAUGAGCUACCAAACGUGCGACUUGCAAAAGUGGUCAAAUGCCGUUCGGGAUUAGAACCUCUACCUUUCUUGCAUCGGGAGAAGGAAAACCCAUUGACUCUUGCCCAUGAUCAACCAGAAGCGGCGCUCGGAAAGGGUGUCCCCGCAGUACUGCCGAUGCUGCAGCACUUUUCUCGCUGUUGGGUGUUAUCACCCCAUAGGCGCUUCUGGCACUGCGAAGACCUAGAAACUCAGUGGUCGUCUCUCCGGGUGCUACAACUAGUUGAACUUCGGGACUCUAGAACUAUGCACCAGCUACCGAUUGAUACACGGCGAAUUAUUCUAGCUUUUUGGAGUCUACUUACAUUUCUCCUGUCAGAUGCUGAAAGAAAACGUUGA